AUGGGCAAAAACGGGGUGAAGCCAAGGGACGACGAGCUCUGGCCGCCAACGGUGUUUGAGCCAUUUGCGGAGUGGCUGGAGUCCCCUUCUACCAGCCGCUCAGGAAGAAAGAGGCAGCGCGAGCCGCUUACGGGGGCCAAGCUCCGCGAAGCUCCGCCUGAUGGGCAUUGGCCGAAGAUGGCCCGUACACCGGACGAGCAGCUCGGGCGUGAGAGGUGGUGGAAGGAGCGGAGCCAUGUGGGUAUCCAGCCAAAGGGCCUGGCUCUAGCAAUAACGACCGGCGCGUGCCUCGCCGCCGGCUACUCCCUCCUGUCUGACCACGAUGUUCAGCGGACAAAGAAGUCGGUCGCCGGCGGCUCCCUCUUCUUUCUCGGCUCGUACCUCUUCAUCCGUGGCACACGGUUUGACGACGCGCAGACCGGCGCAGUGGUCACCGCCUGCUUCACUCUGGCUGCGAUCAUUGCUUAUGCGCGCGCAAACCCGAGGUGA